AUGUCUCUCCGCACCGCUCUUUUCAGCCUGGCCCUCUUGGCCGGCUCCGCCUUCGCCGCACCGGCCAAGCUCUCAAGCCGCCAAAUCAUCGACCACAAUGCCGUGGCCUCGUUCCCGGAGGCUGUUCCGGACAGUGCAGUCGGCAAGCUGAUCACCAAAUACGCACCACACCUCAGGAUCGCGGACGGCUGCGUCCCGUUCCCGGCGGUCGACUCGAUGGGCAACAUUGGCCAGGGCCAGGUCUACGCACGGGCAGCGACCUUCAGGGACAGGUUCGCCAUCAUGUAUUCCUGGUAUAUGCCAAAGACAGAAGCCUCGGCCCACCUCGGGCACCGGCACAACUGGAACAACGCCAUCGUUUGGCUGUCGGACGACAGCGACCAGGCGGCGCUGCUGGGGACGUCCAUCUCGCAGAAGUCGUCCUACGACCAGAGCGCGACGCCGGCGCUCGACGGGGCCUCCCCGCUCAUCUACUACGAGUCCAAGUGGCCCAACGUGCACAAGCUGUACUACGACACGCUCGAGGGCCAGCAGGAGAGCCCUCCGCGUGGUGGACGUGCCGCUGGUCGCGUGGGACAGCCUGCCGACCGCGAGCCAGGAGGCCCUGGCCACUGCUGA